UUUCCAGAAGUGAUGGCAGGGGAUGGGCAGGGCAGCUAAAUAUAGUCCUGGGGCCAGGGCUUGUGGGAGGGCCUGUCUACUACUCACUGUGUGCCCAUCACCCGUGGUGUCCCUUGUCCUGGCUCUGAGCUUGCUGCUUGCCUCUCGUCUGUCUUCAGAUACAGUUCUGACCACCCCCUGCGGUUUGGCCUGACCUUGACUGGGCCUUUGGGGAGUCUCUUUUUGCCCAGCGUCUCCAACCAGACCUGCCUGCCAUGUCAGCUGCGCCCGGCCUCCUGCACCAGGAGCUGUCCUGUCCGCUGUGCCUGCAGCUGUUCGAUGCGCCGGUGACGGCUGAGUGCGGCCACAGCUUCUGCCGCGCCUGCCUGGGCCGCGUGGCAGGGGAGCCAGCCGCGGAUGGCACGGUGCUCUGCCCCAGCUGCCAGGUACCCACGCGGCCGCAGGCGCUCAGCACCAACCAGCAGCUGGCGCGCCUGGUGGAGGGGCUGGCGCAGGUGCCGCAGGGCCACUGCGAGGAGCACCUAGACCCGCUCAGCAUCUACUGCGAGCAGGACCGCGUGCUCGUGUGCGGCGUCUGCGCCUCGCUGGGUUCGCACCGCGGCCACCGCCUGCUGCCCGCCGCCGAAGCCCAUGCGCGCCUUAAGACGCAGCUCCCGCAGCAGAAGCUGCAGCUGCAGGAGGCGUGUAUGCGGAAGGAGAAGAGCGUGGGUGUGCUGGAGCAACAACUGGUGGAAGUGGAGGAGACGGUGCGUCAGUUCCGGGGGGCAGUGGGGGAGCAGCUGGGCAAGAUGCGGUUGUUCCUGGCUGCACUGGAGGGCUCCUUGGACCGAGAAGCAGAGCGUGUGCGGGGUGAGGCGGGGGUCGCCUUGCGGAGGGAGCUGGGGAGCCUGAAGUCUUACUUGGAGCAGCUGCGGCAGAUGGAGAAGGUGCUGGAGGAGGUGGCAGACAAGCCCCAGACCGAGUUCCUCAUGAAAUACUGCCUGGUGACCAGCAGGCUGCAGAAGAUCCUGGCAGAGUCGCCCCCACCUGCCCGCCUGGACAUUCAGCUGCCUGUCAUCUCAGACGACUUCAAAUUCCAGGUGUGGAGAAAGAUGUUCCGGGCCCUGAUGCCAGCGAUGCAGGAGCUGACCUUUGACCCCAGCACGGCCCACCCGAGCCUGGUGCUGUCGGCCUCGGGCCGCCGCGUGGAGUGCUCGGAGCAGAAGGCGCCGCCGGCCGGAGAGGACCCGCGCCAGUUCGACAAGGCGGUGGCGGUGGUGACGCACCAGCUGCUGUCGGAAGGCGAGCACUACUGGGAGGUGGAGGUGGGCGACAAGCCACGCUGGGCGCUGGGCGUGAUCGGGGCCCAGGCCGGUCGCCGCGGCCGGCUGCACGCCGUGCCCUCGCAGGGCCUCUGGCUGCUCGGGCUGCGCGAGGGCAAGAUCCUGGAGGCUCACGUCGAGGCCAAGGAGCCGCGCGCCCUGCGCACCCCGGAGAGGCGGCCGUCGCGCAUCGGGAUCUACCUGAGCUUCGCGGAUGGCGUCCUCUCGUUCUACGACGCCAGCGACGCCGACGCGCUGGAGCUGCUCUUCGCCUUCCACGAACGCCUGCCGGGCCCCGUGUACCCCUUCUUCGACGUGUGCUGGCACGACAAGGGCAAGAACGCUCAGCCGCUCCUGCUGGUGGGGCCCGACAGCGGCGGGGAGGCCUGAGCUGCCCGCUGGGGUUUGGGAGGGGUGCAGGGUCCUGCUGGUCUGGAAGGAGACAGGUGGGGUGGGGUUGUGGGGCGCGGGGAGUGAAGGCAGGGCCAAGGGGGUUGGGGACAGGGGACUCCCAGCGCGCUGAGAAGUUGGGGGUUGGCACAAUAGGGGACUGCCUGCCAGGGGUUGGGGUGGUAGUGGGAAGGGAGACCUCAAGUUAGGUCCAGGGGGAAACUCCACUUUGGGAACCAGGAGUCUUGAGGGUUCUGGGAGGAAACAGGUUGAGGGAGGGAGAGGAAAGGGGGCUUGGGGAGGAGCCCCUGCAGCCUCACACUGCCCUCCUGCCUCAGGGGCCUCAGGGCAGGGUCCAGAGCAAAAGGCCUUCCACUUGGUGGUUUCCCACCUUGAGCAUGCAUCAAAACCACCUUUUCAGGAGUUCCCACUGUGGCUCAGUGGUAAUGAACCUGACUACUUUCCAAGAGCACAUGGGUUUGAUCCCUGGUCUCACUCUGUGGGUUAAGGAUCCAGUGUUGCUGUGAGCUGUGGUGUAGGUUGCAGAUGCGGCUCAGAUCUGGCAUUGCUGUGGCUCUGGUAUACGCCGGCAGCUGUAGCUCUGAUUCGACCCCUAGUCUGGGAACCUCCAUAUGCUGUGGGUGCAGCCCUAAAAAGACAAAAAGCAAAAACAAAACAAACCACCUUUUCAUGAGUUUCCACUGGGACUCAGAGAGUCAGUAUCCAUGAGGAUGUGGGUUUAAUCCCUGGCCUCGCUCAGUGGGUUAAGGAUCCAGCAUUGCCACAAGCCGAGGCUCAGAUCCUGUGUUGCUAUGGCUGUGGCCUAGGCAGGCAGUUGCAGCUCCGAUUUGACCCCUAGCCUGGGAAGUUCCAUAUGCCACCGGUGCAGCCCAAAAAAGAAAGAAAGAAACAAACCCCCCCACUUUUUUAGGGAGUUCCCUAGUGGCUCAGCUGAUUAAGGAUCCAGCAUUGUCAUUGCUGUGGUGUGAGGAUUCGAUCCCUGUCCUGAGAACUUCUGCGUGCCCAAAAUAACAAUGAAACGCCUUUUCAGAGCACCUAGCAGAGUCUUGUUAAAGCACAAAUUUCUGGAGUUCCCACUGUGGCUCAGUGGUUAAUGAACCUGACUAGGAACCAUGGGGUUACGGGUUCGAUCCCUGGCCUUGUUCAGGGGGUUAAGGAUCUGGCGUUGCCAUGAGCUGUGGUAUAGGUCUCAGACACGGCUUGGAUCCUAUGUUGCUGUGCCUGUGGUGCAGGCCGGUGGCUAUAGCUCUGAUUGGACCCCUAGCCUGGGAACCUCCAUAUGCUUCAGGUGUGGCCCUAGAAAAGACUAAAAAAAAAAACAAAAAAACCCACAGAUUUCUGGGUUUCUGGUUUGGUAGGUGGGGGGCAGGCCAAAAAUGAGCCUUUCUAACAAAUUUCCGGGUGAUGCUGAUGCUGCAGGUCACAAGCAGGAUCCCACCUGAAGCACUGCUAACUUAGCCAUCCUCAUUCAGUCAGCUGUCUGUUACAGAGAUUCAGUUAUCAUAUGGCAUAGAAAGCCCCCAAUGUCUUCCUCCACACAAGGGCAUUUAAACUGCUUACGCUGUGUGAAUAAACUCACUCCUAACAUACUGUGCUUUGCCUCCGAGGAUGUUUAUUGACUCUCUGAAGUCGAGGAAAAGGAGUUCCCAUCUUGGCUCAGUGGAAAGAAGUCCGACUAGGAAUCAUGAGGUCACGGGUUCUACCCCUGGCCUCGAUCAGUGGGUUAAGGAUCUGGUAUUGCCAUGAGCUGUGGUGUAGCUUGCAGAUGAGGCUUGGAUCCCGCCUUGCUGUGGCUGUGGUGUAGGCUGGCAGCUGUAGCUCCGAUUAGACCCCUAGCCUGGGAACCUCCAUGUGCAGGGGGUGCGGCCCUAAAAAGACAAAAGACAAUAAAAUAAAAUAGAAGUGGAGGGAAACCCACAACUGCCAACAAAGAGAUGACUGCCCUUUCCUGGGCCCUCGUGGAGAAGAGAAGGCCCCACCUCAUCAUCACCUCCUCCUGAGUUGUCUCCUCAAGACCCCAAUUUUUUUUUUUUAAGCUCAAAGGCCCAUGUCUUGGGCUCUGGAGAAACUAUUGAGGCCAAGAGUGAGGGACCCUCUUCCCUGGAGGGGGAGGCUUUUGAGGAUCCAGGCAGGUGGGACAGGCUGCCCUUCCCUAAGGGGAAAUGAAGGCCUGGGUCCAUUCGCUGUCACCAGUGCUGAUGUGUGAGAGGACCUGGGGCCCCUGGCCACAGAUGCCAUUGUGGGAAUUUUCUUGGAAGGUUGUGGGCAGGUAAGAAAGGCUGUGAGGUCUGGCUUGGGGUGCACUCCUGGCUGUGCUUCUUGGGAAGGCCUGGCUCUGGGACCCAGGGGAAAAUAAUUUGAAAAUCUCUUACAUGCUAGAAAAUCAAAAUAGCAAGUAAAAGGAUUCUUUGGUUGUAAAAUCCAGCAGUGUUAAUAAAAAAGUUAUAUUCUGA